UUCCUAAUAAUAGUGGCAAUAAUGAGUCUCUUCAUGAGUACGGCAAACAUCUGCUUUCCAUGCUUCCGAAGUUUAUACAACAAUAUUCGGUUUACAAGGACGAAUUAACACUUUAUGUUGCACCGAGUGCUAUUAUUCCAGUGAUGACCUUUCUUCGGGAUCACACUGGAUCACAAUUCAAACAAGUUCAAGACAUUUGCGGUGUUGAUUACCCUUCGCGUCCGAAUCGGUUUGAAAUUGUAUAUAAUAUGUUAAGCCUUCGUUAUAACGCUCGGAUUCGCGUAAAGACGUAUGGCAAUGAAGUUUCACCUAUACCUUCAAUCGUCUCGCUUUUUAAUGGUGCAAAUUGGUUUGAGAGAGAAGUUUAUGACAUGUUUGGCGUGAUUUUUACCGGUCAUCCGGAUUUGAGAAGAAUCUUAACGGAUUAUGGGUUCGAAGGGCAUCCUAUGCGAAAAGAUUUCCCACUAACCGGUUAUGUUGAAAUACGGUAUGAUGAAGAAAGAAAGCGCGUCGUCGCAGAACCUUUAGAAUUGACACAGGCAUUUAGAAAUUUUGAAGGAGCGGCAUCACCGUGGGAACAAACUGAUUCUUUCAAACUUGAGAGUCUUCUUCCAAAACCACAAUCUCCAGAAAAGAAAUAA